AUGGAAUUUGGAAGCAUAUUGCACUUUCUUGAGGGAAGAACAAUUUUAGUCACUGGUGCCACUGGAUUUCUUGCAAAAAUUUUUGUGGAGAAGAUAUUGAGAGUUCAACCAAAUGUGAAGAAACUUUAUCUUCUUCUAAGAGCUAAGGAUUCAGAAUCUGCUACUCAACGCUUUCGCACUGAGAUCAUAGGAAAGGACUUGUUUAAAUUGUUGAAGGAAAAUCAAGGUUCAAAUUUGGACUCAUUUAUCCAUGAAAAACUGACACUUGUGCCUGGAGACAUUUCUGAAGAAGGCUUGAGUUUGAAGAAAUCCAUUCUAGAAGAGGAAAUUUGCAAUCAAACAGAUGUUAUAGUUAAUUUAGCUGCAACAACUAAAUUUGAUGAAAGGUACGAUGUUGCUUUGGGGAUAAACACAUUAGGAGUCAAACAUGUUUUGAGGUUUGCCAAAAAAUGUGUUAAUCUAAAGGUGCUUGUACACGUGUCAACAGCUUAUGUGUGUGGUGAGAGAGGAGGACUCAUAUUAGAGGAUCCUCAUGCUUUUGGAGUGUCACUAAAUGGAGUGCAAGGAUUAGACAUUGAUAUGGAAAAGAAGUUGGUGGAGGAGAAACUGAAUCACCUCCAAGCAAAGGGAGCAACAGAACAUGAUAUUGAAGUUGCCAUGAAGGACUUGGGUAUUGAAAGAGCAACUGAGUAUGGAUGGCCAAACACAUAUGUGUUUACAAAAGCUAUGGGAGAAAUGCUUGUUGAAACCUACAAAGAAAACACGUCUGUUGUUAUUGUUCGUCCCACCAUUGUUACUAGCACUUAUAAAGAACCUUUCCCUGGUUGGGUUGAAGGCUUAAGAACCAUAGAUAGCAUAGUUGCUGCAUAUGGUAAAGGAAAAUUAACAAGCUUCAUGGCAGAUCUCAACGCAGUUUUUGACGUAAUACCUGCAGACAUGGUGGUGAAUGCAAUGCUAGUAGCUAUGGUGGCUCAUGCAAAUCAACCUAGUGAUGAUAUCAUAUACCAUGUAGGUUCCUCCGUUAGAAAUCCAAUUACAUACCGGAGUUUUAGAGAUUUUAAUUAUCGAUAUUUCGCGGCAAAACCAUGGAUAAACAAGGAAGGAAAAGCUGUUAGGGUUGGCAAAAUCACUAUGUUUAGUAGCAUUGCUAGCUUCAAGAGAUAUAUGUUCAUUCGAUACUUGCUUCCUUUAAAGGGACUAGAGUUGGCAAAUUCAAUUUUAUGCCAAUAUUUUCAUGGAACAUAUCAUGAACUUAAUAGGAAAAUCAGUACUGUUAUGCGGUUGAUUGAUCUUUAUCUUCCUUACUUGUUCUUCAAUGGCAUAUUUGAUGACAUGAAUACAGAAAAGUUGAUAUUAGCUGCAAAAGAAAGAGGUGUUGAAACAAAUAUGUUUUACUUUGAUCCUAAGAUUAUUGAUUGGGAUGAUUACUUCAUGAAUAUCCAUUUUCCUGGUAUCUUCAAGUAUGCAUUCAAGUGA